AUAAUAUUUGGAUUUUAUAUUUUUGGAUUUAUAAUAAAAGUGUGCUGAAUGUUAGAGGUAUGUAAUAAAGUUCUACAUUUUAUGAGCUCAUUUUAAUUUUAUUGUAGUAAUAAAGCAGAGAUGUGCAGAGAGCCAAAGUGCAGGAAUGAACAGAAACGUAGAAUCUAUAUUUGAUUUCAUGGGUGACAAUGGAACUUUUGUCAAGACAGCAGCAUUGUGUUUGGAUGUCUGCUGUAUUGUUUGCCAUCUAAUGUUGAGAAAAAUCAGAACAUGGACAAACGUUUGGGUGAAUUUGUAUAGUCUUUACUGUAAAAUCAGCUCUUCAUGAUCAAGUGACAAGAAACCCUAUCAGUGCCACGGCAUAUGGAUUUCCAGACUACAUGUGAUGAGGCAAAGACUGGUAUUUGUUUGCUGCAAGAUGGUAGUCAAGAGCCUUUCAAAGUUCGACUCCACUUAGCCAAAGACAUAUUAAUGAUUCAAGAACAAGAUAUAAUCUGUGUAUCUGGUGAACCUUUCUACUCUGGGGAACGAAAAGUAGCAAUCAGAAGACAAACUGUGGGAGGAUUUGGACUUAGCAUAAAGGGAGGAGCCGAGCACAAUAUUCCAGUUGUUAUCUCCAAGAUAUCCAAAGAGCAAAGAGCUGAGCUUUCUGGUCUUCUCUUCAUAGGAGACGCAAUAUUACAGAUAAACGGUAUAAAUGUGAGAAAGUGCAAACAUGAAGAAGUGGUGCAGGUUUUACGGAAUGCCGGGGAAGAGGUGACACUGACUGUCUCAUUUCUAAAGAGAGCACCAGCUUUCCUUAAACUACCACUAAAUGAAGAUUGUGCUUGUGUACCCAGUGACCAAAGUAGUGGCACAUCAUCCCCGCUCUGUGAUAGCGGUUUGCAUUUGAACUAUCAUCCCAACAACACGGACACUUUAUCAUGUUCUUCAUGGCCUGCCUCACCUGGUAUGAGAUGGGAAAAACGAUGGUGUGAUCUCAGAUUGAUCCCUCUCCUUCAUUCAAGAUUAUCACAACACAUCACAGGCACCGAUUUAUGCAGGCAAAAUGCAUUUCAAGUGACUGCAGUAGACGGUGUUUGUAGUGGAAUAAUUCAGUGUUUAUCAGCCGAAGAGUGUACUGAAUGGUUGCAAUCUAUAUCAACUAAUAUUUCAAAUCUUACAAAGCACAACAUUAAAAAAAUUAACAGGAACUUUCCAGUAAAUCAGCAGAUAGUAUACAUGGGUUGGGUAGAAGAACGAGAACAGGACACUCUUCAAGACCAUAUGUAUACACCAAAGUUUCUGGCACUUAGAGGCUCCUCUUUGUAUAAAUUCAAUUCCCCGCCGGUUACUACAUGGGACUGGAUGCGGGCAGAAAGAAAAUUUACCGUGUAUGAAAUCAUGUGUAAGACAUUUAAGGAUAGUGAUCUUUUGGAUCGACGGAAACACUGCUUUGGCGUUCAGUCAGAAACUGGAGAGGAUCUUUACUUUUCAGUUGAACUGGAGAACGAGCUGACCCAAUGGGAAAAAGCUUUCCAAAUGGCAACUUUCUUAGAAGUUGAACGCAUUCAGUGCAAGACGUAUGCUUGUGUAAUUGAAAGUCACCUAAUGGGUCUUACCAUUGACUUUGGGAUGGGCUUCAUUUGUUUUGAUGCUGCAACAAAGGCUAUAUUGUGGAGAUAUAAGUUUUCUCAACUUAAAGGCUCCUCAGAUGAUGGGAAAAGUAAAAUCAAGUUUUUGUUCCAACAUCAGGAUACAAAACAAAUCGAAGCAAAGGAGUUGGAGUUCUCCAAUCUCUUUGCAGUGCUACACUGCAUCCAUUCAUUCUUUGCUGCUAAAGUUGCUUGCUUGGACCCUCUAUUUGUUGACAGUCAGGGUGCUGCUUCUUCUGCUGGAACAGCUGCUUCCUGCUCCACAGCAGGUGGCUGCAAAGUGAAGUACACCACUUGAUAUAUCUUGUAAAUCGUGCUUGCUGAGCACAUAGACAUUGGAUAUAUAUAUUUAUUGAAUAAAGACAUUCUGGAACUGUGAAAUGGUUACUGAAGUCAAUGAGACUAGAAACGUGAUCAUUUUAAGCAGGAAAGCAGUUUUAUGGGUUCCUUUGAUCACCUCUUGUAUUAUUUGGACAAUACACCAUUUCAUAACAGUAAUGGCAAACCCAGAUGAACAGGGACACGCUUAUCAUGAUCUGUGUAAGUGCUCACCAUGGGAAUAUGUUAAGUUCAGAUACAACAUACCACCAAGAAGCACUUAUUUUAUAAAGUAACAAAAGUGCCCAUAUGAAGAUGGUUUGUAAUGUAUUUUUGGAUGCAACAUAUAUUGUUAAAUUAACAAACUGUAUACAGAAAUUACAUACUAGGAAAUGUUUUUUUGUUGUUUUUUUUUGGACGGGAUGCAUUUCUAUAAAGCACUAUUUUGCAAACGUUAGCCGUCUAGUCAAAAAUGAAUUAUUGAAUUUAUAAACAAGG